AUGGACUGCCCAUCCUAUCAAUACGAGAGCCUGGCUGCGCCCGAUCAUAUCCGCCUCAUCACCAUUCUUCCUGGAGAGCGGGGAACGGCUAUCAAACUCGGUAUCGAGCAUGCCGACAUCAACUCGCAUCCCAAGUACGAGUGCCUGUCGUAUGCUUGGGGGACAGAUGACCAUACGCGAUCCGUCACGAUCGACGGUUCUUCGCUACUGGUCACUGCCACCCUCUAUGUCGCACUCGAGCAUCUUCGCCAUGCAUCACAAGAGCGCAAGAUUUGGAUAGACGCUAUUUGCAUUAACCAGAAAGAUGUUGCUGAGCGAAAUAGUCAAGUCGCUAUUAUGAGGAAGAUAUACCGAAAUGCGACGCGCGUGAUUGUGUGGAUUGGACCAGCCACCGAGUCGAGUGAACAGGCCAUGGAGUUUUUGGAGAUGCUGGCUACAGCUAAGUCUAAGUUUGAUCAAAAGGUACCUGAAUCAGCUAACAGCCCAACCUAUUGGGAGAGACUGAAAGUUGCCUCCUACGAGUGA